CCCUCUCCCGGCUCCACCCCUGCCCCUUACUCCGGACCCUUGGCGGUUGGACGAGCAGAACCACCAGCUCCCCGCUGGGUCCAGCCGACACCUCUAAGCAAGAGAGCAACAUGGCAGCUCCAGCUAAGGACGAAAACCUGUCCCUGGUGGUGCACGGACCUGGAGACAUUCGCUUGGUAAAAAGGAGUGUGGGAACUCAGGCAGCCACCCACCCAGAAAGAUUGUCAUCAGCAGGACAGAGGCCGGCUAGAACAAGGAGAGUCUGGGCAGAGGACCAGGAGAACUACCCAAUCCCUGAGCUGGGCCCAAAUGAUGUCUUACUAAAGAUGCAUUCGGUGGGGAUCUGCGGCUCAGACGUUCACUACUGGGAGCACGGCCGGAUUGGGGGUUUUGUUGUGAAAAAGCCAAUGGUGCUUGGGCACGAGGCUGCUGGAACAGUCACAAAAGUAGGAGCGUUGGUGAAACAUCUAAAACCAGGAGAUCGGGUUGCCAUCGAGCCUGGUGUUCCCCGGGAAAUAGAUGAGUACUGCAAGAUAGGACGAUACAACCUGACGCCAUCAAUCUUCUUCUGCGCCACACCCCCGGACGAUGGGAACCUCUGCCGCUUCUACAAGCACAAUGCUGACUUCUGUUACAAGCUUCCUGAUAGUGUCACCUUUGAAGAGGGGGCCCUGAUUGAGCCUCUGUCUGUGGGGAUCUAUGCCUGCCGUCGAGGUUCAGUUUCCCUGGGGAACAAUGUCCUUGUGUGUGGAGCUGGGCCAGUUGGGAUGGUCACUCUGCUUGUGGCCAAGGCAAUGGGAGCCGCUCGAGUGGUGGUGACUGACCUAUCUGCUUCUCGGUUGACCAAAGCCAAGGAAAUUGGAGCAGACUUUACCAUCCAGGUUGCCAAAGAGACCCCUCAGGAAAUUGCCAGUAAGGUAGAAAGUCUGCUGGGUAGCAAGCCAGAGGUCACCAUUGAAUGCACGGGAGCAGAGUCCUCCAUCCAGACGGGCAUCUAUGCCACUCGCUCUGGUGGGACCUUGGUGAUUGUGGGAAUGGGCUCUGAGGUGGUCAAUGUACCCCUAAUGCAUGCAGCCGUGCGGGAGGUGGAUAUCAAAGGCGUGUUUCGAUACUGCAACACGUGGCCGAUGGCAAUUUCCAUGCUUGCAUCGAAGACUUUGAAUGUAAAGCCCUUAGUUACCCACAGGUUUCCCCUGGAGAAGGCUGGAGAAGCCUUUGAAACAGCCAAAAAGGGAGUGGGGCUGAAAGUUAUGAUCAAGUGUGACCCUAAUGACCAGAACCCCUAAAUGUGAAUUGAUCUAUGCCCUCAACCCACCCCUCUCAGCAUCUAAGGGCUAAAUGGCUAGAAGGGGAGGCCAUUAAUGCAGAACUUUCUUUUGAAUGAUAAAAAUAAUAAAAUCAUAAGCUGAGAGCCUUAGAGGAGUUGCCGUGCCUUACAGACAGAAGUAGAGACACCUUGGGGGACCUUGUAGCCAGAAUGAGAUGCUUAUACUAAGGAAAGUCUAACACAAAGAACAGAGUCUGGCAGACAGGUCCUGGGAAGCCCUUUCUCUGGUACCUUCUUUGGGUGAGGAGAUGAAACUUGUCUUUGUUGAUGUUCCACUGUGGCUGCCUGGGAGAGGAAGAAACAGCUUCAUUAACAUGGAAGUGGCCCCAGGGCUGAACUUUUGGUCAGCUGUUCAGAGCACAGUAUUUCUCAAACUAAGUGUCAUUUAUUUGAGGGGAAUAAGAAAAAGAACUUGCCUUCUGGAUCCAGGCAAGGAACUGAUUGGAAGAAUAGACAAAUCCCAAAUGAGGUAUACUAGCUCACAUUCCCCAAAUGUGGAAAGUAUAAGGGCACUUGGCUCUGCCCAAAGACCACCUCUGCCUCAGUUCCUAAGAAUUAUGUCCUUACAUUUGCAAAGUGGAGGCCCACCUUCCCAACACUGCUCAUUCAUGAGCAGGGAGCAGUACUGAUUGCUUGGCAACCAGGAGCUUUCUACCCAAAGAUCUUAAAUCCUGCCUAACUCAUACAAGAGGGCCACAGGAGGGCUUGAGUUUCCCACUCACAGGGUUAGACUCCUCCCAGGCUCACUCACAGGCAAUCAUCCCAUUCCACGCAGUUCUGGCUCUCAGAAGAUGCUCCCCUUCUCAGCGGGGCAAGGCUGGUGACACCUGUUGGUGGGUAUCGCAGCACAAUUUCAUCAGAGGACUUUUCUUUAUAAGAUUUGGGUCCAAAUCAUACCCUUUGUGAUUUUAAGAUAAUCAGGAAGUGCAUAGUAACUGUGGUGUAACUUGGGCUGCAGUCUGUAACCCACCUUCAGUAGGGGACAUGUUAAAAAAAAAAAAAAAAAAAGACUGCUGGAGAAGAUCAUGGCCAAAACCUAAGCUUUCUCAAACUGCUUCGCAUAAUAAAUUCUGUUGCUGGUGUCGGA